AGAGACACCCCAAGAUGAAGAGGGUCCUGCUGCUCCUCGUCGCACUGGCUGUAGCCGCUGGGCCAGCCCUUGCUCUCCGCUGUCAUGUGUGCUCCAGCUCCACCAACUGUGAGAAACCUCAGAACUGUGAGGCCAGCGCCAACUACUGCAAGACCAUGACCAGGGUGGAGCCCCUGCGGGGGAACCUGGUGGAGAAGGACUGUGUGGAGCAGUGCACGCCCACCAACCACCUGCAGGGCCAGGUCAGCAGCGGCGCCAUGGCCGUUCAGUGCUGCAGGGAGGACCUGUGCAACAGGAGUCUGCAGAGCAGCGCACGCACCCGCGGCCGGCUCGCCGGUCCCGGCCUCGGCCUGGCGCUGGCCCUGGGCCUCCUGGCCCUCCUCUCGGCCCCCGGUCUGUGACGCCCCUGCCCCCUCCCCCGGGGACUUCCAGGCCCCCGUUCCUUCCUCUUCCCGCCUGGGGACCUCCGCAGCCCCUCCCUUGCCAGGAUGGGGAGGUUCUGGUGCCCUGGGCUGGGGGUCACCUCCGGAGGUCUGGGCCACAUCCUGCCCCGCAGGCUGAUGGCCUGGAGCGCCCGCCCCUCAGACAAGAGGAUGCACCUCUCCGAGCAGCAGGAAGGCAGGAGCCGGAAGGUGUUCUGAUCCCUUUCGAUUUUACAGUUAUUCUGUUGGGUUUCCAUUUAUUUUUCUACUUGGACCUCUGCACAGGAAUAAAUGAUUGAAAACUG